AUGGUGCCGCCAGAGCGAUUAGCAGUGACGCUACUGUACCAGUGCUCCGACAACAUCCGCAAGUUCAAAGAGGAACAGCGGAGAGUGAUCGAAGCCAACGGGCAGUCCUUGAGUCCAAAGCUCGUAUACCUGAAGCAGUAUGUGGGGAACGCUUGCGGCACGAUUGCCUGCCUGCACAGCAUCGGCAACAGCUCCGAGGCGCUGGGAAUCUCACCAGAGUCUCCCAUUGGCAAGUUUCUGGAGACCAUCAAGGGCAAGACGCCCCAGGAUGCUGGUCUGGCCCUUGUGGAUGCCACUGACUUGCAUUCGGCCUCGGAGGCAAGCGCUCGGGGCGGACAGACUGCUGCCCCAGAGGCACAUGCGGAUGUCGAUGCUCACUUCAUUUGCUUUGUCGAGAAAGAUGGAGACCUGUACGAGCUUGAUGGCAACAAGGCCUUUCCCAUCAAUCAUGGUCCCACAGAUGGCGAUCUGCUGGGAACGGCUGGCCGGGUUAUCAAGGCCAACUUCAUGGACAAGGAUCCCGAAAGCAUCAAUUUCAAUAUGAUGGCCCUGGUGAAGGGCUGA